UCCCAUUUCCUGUCUUGUGGAAAAAUCGUCGAGAGAGAAAAUUUCUAGUUUAUACUGUAUUCUGUAUACAUAAUCGAAGAAUUUAACAGAAAAAUGACCUGGAGAAGAUGACAGAAGAACAACUAAAAAAUGGCGACUACCUUGUGCAUGUACAAGCACAGGUUAUGACCCGUGAUGACUCGACCGGUGGCUGGGUGCCCAUGGGGGGUGGGGGUCUUAGCAAUGUGGGACUGCGAAAGCUGGAGUAUAAAUUCAAUGGAGGAGGAGAUAGUAAGAAUGAAUAUGUCAUAUAUGGUGAAAGGAUAGCUGACAACACAGUUGUAUUGGAUUGUGUAUUGAAGAAGGACAUUCAAUACACAAAGGCAAAUCCCAAAUUUCAUCAUUGGAAGACUGAUGAACAAAGGUUUGGUUUAACGUUUGAGAGGUAUGAUGAUGCCAAAAAGUUUGACCGUGGUAUCAAGAGGGCGGUUGCAGAGCUCACGGAAGGCUCAACCGGCAGCAUGGGAAAUUCCAUGACGGGAGAAGAGGAAGUAUUUCAGAUCGUGGAGCUGCCUCUCUCUGGGGGCAAGGACAGCUCGUCCCAGUCAGCAUCAACAACGUCAACCACCACCUCAAGUCCAGCUCCUCGUUCCCCCGUUAGCAGUCCGAUAUCGGGGCUCCCCGAUGCCUUCCCGUUCCCCCACCCUCAUGCCAACCAUCAUCAUCUCCAUCUGGUCCACUACAUGUCUGGUCCAAAUCGGACCAAUAAAAACGCGUCCUCACCGCCCAGUGAUAAAAGUUCACAUAAAUCAGACAGUUUCGAGAGUUCUAGUGGGCAGGAUGACGUUUGGAUUCGUUCCGACGACCCUACGUCAUUAAGCGGCAAGUCCGACACACUGUUGUUAGACACGGACCCAAAUGUAGAAAUGAGCAAAGAGGACUCCUAUGUGACAUUUUCUAAAAGCAAGCCAGGGGCACCUCAUGAAUACAGCUACCCUAACUUAGAACCAAUGCCGAAACCACCUACAAAACGGGAGUCGACCACUAGCAUGAAGACACAGCCUUUGAUUAUUCAGCAUCCCCCUCUACCACUCAAAAAGAAGCACAAGACUCGCCACAAGCCUGGCGGGACAUCAGGAAGGUUGCUGACCAACCGAUCACGGUGCAAACACUGCCAUGAGGUGUUCUCUCUGGACGAUAACCAACGGGGCAGUUGUGAAGACGCCCCAGAUGGUGUCGAAAAGUUUAUUGAGUGCGUGACUUGUGUAGCGUGUUCCAAAUGUUUGAUAUACCACUGUAUGUCGGAUGCUGAUGGCGAAUACAGACACCCUUGUGAGUGUGAUCCUCGCGAUGAUUCCAACUGCAAAAAAUGGACCGCACUGACAAUUUUAUCAUUGUUUGUGCCCUGUUUAUGGUGCUACUGGCCCUUGACUGCCUGUCAUAGAUGUGGCAUCUACUGUCGUUGCUGCGGUGGCCGGCACAAGGCGGUAUGACCACGCCCGCAAAUUUAUAUGCACAGGAUUAUCUCCCCCUUGUUCGCCUUUUCAUCAUAACUUGUAGAUAUAUCUGACACGCAUGGGUUUCUAGAUCUAGCUAACACAUACAGUGAACGGAUGGAUAUUCAUGUGGUGCGUGCAUACCCAGAGAACUGAGUUGGUGUGCAGGAAGGGAUGACCAAACUGGAGGAGUUACUUGCCCUUACUUGCCAUUUAGUCACAUGAGAGGAUUGGAAUCAGCAAUAUGUCCUUGGGAUCAUGUCAUUGUAGUUCCAUUUACAUUUGUAUAGCAAUACUAGUUUUCACCUUUCAUCUUUGAACAUACAUGUACAAUUCUUGAUUUUAGGUUAGCAACCAUUUCCAGAAACACACAUGCAAUCCAUUUGGUUAUGGUGAAAGAUACCAGUGAACAGGAAGUCAGAGAAAGAAAUGAUGGACCCUGGGAAAGGGCACCUUGUUUCCAAUGUGACUCGCUGGCAAGGCAAGGGGGGUAACUCUGCCAUGACAACUUGUAUAGUCAUUCAAAAGGGAAAACAUGAUCCCUUGUACCUGUGUUAAAAAUGGCAAGUUUUAUACGUUACCAAUCCUAUAACAGCAUGUUAGAAGUUUAAGCAUAGUGGUAUUUUUUUUAUAUUUUUUUUUAAAAGAUGAUAAAAGCAUACCUUUGUACCACAGAAGCAUAUCAUGUUGGCUGAGCUGGUUUCUAAGCAGGCAAUCUUUUUACUGAUUUUGAUAAUCUGUUAAGUUUGCCGAUUGUGCCAUCAGCUCAUUAGCCCAAGUUUUCACCCAAAUUUAUAUAGAGAAAGAAUCAGAACUGUAGGCUUGGGCUACUGAGGUGGUGCUUUAUGUAGCGAAACUAGGUGUAUUUGUUAUGUUGGUGGUAAGAAAGACAACACGAUUGUGUGUGCAGUCAUUGAGUGCCAAAUCAUUUGUGCUUCAUUUGUGUCACCAGUCAUCACUAAUGUUCAACAGUAGGAGAUCACGUGAUCACGAUUUAGUCGAUACUUCCCAAUAUUAGUGUGUUAGUUGGGCCAGUCCAACAAGUCUGAUUUGUGUGGCUGUCAUUGUGUUAAGAAAGUUCUGUGAAUAGGCCUUUGUUCUUGAUCUGUCACUGCGCUUUUUCUUAAAACUUCUCAUAGACUUUCAGUCAUUGUAAGUCAGCAUUAAACACAGAAGAGUUACUUUAUAGGAUUUAAAAGGUUUGAGAAAGAGGCCUGAAGGGUCCAUGAAAUAAUAUCACAAUAAGCUUCAAACCUCCACACUAAUCAUUGACACUGCUGAAAGUGUUCUUGAAGUUAGCAAGCUGUGAAUUCCAAGUCAUGAAUGUAGCUUUAAAAAGUAGUUAAGAAAGGCAUUCAUUAAAUAUGAUGUCCAAUAAGUUGCUAGGAUACAGUGAUGGAUACUGGACAUUUGUCAGUUUGAUGCUUGUUUUUGUUAUUUGUUAAUUACUUAAUAUUUUGUUGACUUCGUGCGUGCCAGUUGUUUUACUGCCUGCUUACUCAUAACAGGCUUUUACCAAAUGGCAUGCAAUUAAUACUUUUAAUACUUUUAAUAAAAUUAUGAACGUAAUAUUUGAAAAAUCAAAAUUAGUGAUUUGAAGUCAUUGUUUAUUUUAAAACCUGUAAAAAUAAUUGCAUAUUUUAAUGGUUUGUUUCAGUGAUCAGCCAAAAAUAUGCACCUUUAUUUUGCUUAAACAUAAACAGCUUUUAAAGCCUUUUAUAUAUUAAUACAUUAUGUAUGAUGUAUAAAAUAUAUCCUUGGAUAUAAAACUGCUUGCAUUAAAUCUGAAAAAACCCAAGUGUUUUGCAUUUAUUAACAGAAGCAAUGAUAAACACUUGACAUAGAUGUAAAAAGGAAUAUAGUUCCAAUAACAUCAGGAGCAGACGCUGUAGGAAAUAGACAAAUGUUUAACAUGAUGUGUAACAUCUUGUUGACAGUUCCUUCACUUCUUCUACUGGGGACACUUGUAAAACAAGGUAACAGAACACUUUCAAGAUGUGAACAAUACAGUUGAGAAUUGGCUUCAUUUUUUUAAUCAUAAAUGUAAAAACGUGUGCCAGAGGUACAGAUUAGCUGCGUAUCUGCGUAAUUUACACAAAUAUUUAUGUGAAAACUCAAUUCCUAUGAAGUCUUGUGUGUACAAGUAUGCUAGAAUUUUUGUAAAUACUCAAUAAAUUUGAUCUUACAAGUGUACACACAAAGAUGCCAAAUCUUAGCUUGUGUAUCGGUGGUUAGAUGAAAUAACUGACGUAUAUUGUGAGGUUCUAUUUCAACAUAUGAACUUGGCAACUUGCAGUCUUUCUUAUCGUUUCUCAUAUUACAUAUCAAAUAUAAAUAACAAACAC